AUGCAAAGUAACACGUUACGAAAGUGCAAAGAACGCCAACGGAAUUAUUCACAUAGUAAUCUUGAAUUUGACUACGAUGAUGACGAUGAUCGGUAUGUUGACGAAGAAAGCCUGCUUCCUCGAUCUAAAAACAAAACUCUGCAACGUAGAUAUGACAGAGAUGGCAGACGUUGUAACUGUUGUCGAAGUGUGGCAGAAAAGAUUAAGUUUUAUAUCACUGACUUUUUUAGAGCUCCUCCUGAAAAAUACAACGCAGCUAAAACUGUGUUAGGAUUUCCGUUUGGUGCUGCAUUAGGUAUUAUACUAUACCAUCUUGUUCUUGACUUCACAUGGCUGAAAGAGAGUACCCGCCAUUUUCUUGGCGGUGUUUUCGUUCUGGGAUUGGCAAGUGGGUAUGCACUUUCGGUUCAAGUGAGAUGCAUCACUUGUCUUUUGCUCCCUACAUUCUUCGGAAAAACGGGCAGGUCAUACAUUUCAACGUUUGCCGUUAUAUAUUUGAUAACGGGACCUAUCCAUACCAUCAUCUUAAAUGGCCACGAAGUAGCAAGGUCACUCGGAUGCACAACCGAAUUACUCGCAAACCACACGAAGGCACGUUGGGACUUGACCAUGAAACCAAUAGGAAGAGUUAUGGAAGAAUUUCAGACUGAAGGGAUGCUAAUCAACAAAGUUGUGAAGAGAGUCGACGACGCAUUUGGGCCGAUGAAGAAAGAGGUGGAUGAUAAUUCGGAAGAAGAAAAAAUGAAAAGGAACACCGCAUUCGUUGAUCAAGUUUCUGGUAAAUCACGAGGAAAUAGGGUGAAGGAUGUUGAACAAAAAAACAAACGCGAUGAUUCCGAGAAAUAUAAGCGGGCUGAGUCGGAUUACAGGAAGAAGUUAGUAUACCGUUGUCAAGAUGUAUGGAACAAAGGCGUGAUGACGUGUCGAAAAAACUUUCGUAAUAUGGAAAGACGCUGUCUCAACAAAAUCCCAAUAGUAGGCGGUCUAUUGUGUCUGCCAUUCAAACUCACCAUAUUCUGUGAACUUGUGAGGCUGGUUCCAGGAGCACUCGGAAGUGACUGUAAUUCCAAAGAAGCGGUAAGUCCUGGCUUUGGUGAGGUAUACGUAGCUGCAAAGGACAUGUCUGCUAGCAUGGAUAACGAUUUUAAAGCCAAUUUGCAGUACAAAGUGGCCAGCACCCCUGAAGCUUUGGACGUCACCACAGCGGAGGAGGUCGGCAAAGGCACACUUCACAAAUUUGAGAAAAAACAGAUUUGGUUGGAAUUUGGUUUGUCAUUGCUGCAGCGCCUGAUGGCCUUCACCUUCAUACUGGUGUUCAUCAGUGCAUAUAAGUACAACAAGGCCUACUUGACGGACAUCCGACAUGAUAACAUCUACAUCACGUCCUACUUUCGUCACAUUGACGAUCGACGACAGAAGCUUUGCAAAACAAUCUUGCUUCCGUUAAAGAAGGUAGAAAGUGACGUCUGUAUAUUUUUGACAAGUCCAAAACUUACGAAAGCUGAAAGAAAAAAGAUCGUAAAAGGUACAAUCAUGCUUAUUAUACGGGGUUUGAUCUCGGCAGUGAUCAUCAUGUCGAGUGAUCUUUUAUACAAUGUUCUCGACAUCAUUAGACGUCACAGUCGCAUUGAAUACCGCCAACAGGGCGAACACAUCAUCGACAUUGACAUCAACGGCAAAGGUUUUAUGUCCGAGAUCGUCAGACUUUUCCUCAAUGCUUUCAACCAUAAAAGUAAAAUUGACAAUAUUUCAACCAAUUUCGCAUGUUUACCUCAACCGGUGAAAAUGGAACAAAAAUAUGUAUGGCUGAUUUUUGGCACAUACUGUAUCAUCUGGUGUCUUUUUGUCUUUGAAGCAUAUGGUCUACGUCUUCGGCGACUAGUGGCUUCUACAUUUUACCGCAGCAGGGAGAAAAAACGGAUCCUUUAUCUAUAUAACGACAUGUUGAAGAAACGACGGGGCUUUCUGCGGCACAUGCGCCACCAUAUUCGUAGGCAAGUUAAGAAGAAACGCCUUCUAGUUAAAUCAAGCCUCACCAGUAGUUUACGACUGGAAUUUCCACAGCUGUGUGGGUGGUUGAAAAUCUUCGAUUCCUCAAAAAUGUCAUGCUUGAUUUGUGAAGACCCAGAAAAAAGGGAUUUCGUGCGGUGUCUAACACCUGGCUGUAACGUGGGCUACUGUUCUGCGUGUUGGUGCGACAUCAGAAAGCGCUGUUACUCGUGUGAUCCAGGCAGUGCAGACGAUUUAAGUGACCUGUCUGAUGACGGACUUUCCACUGACUCUGACAGCGAAUAG